AGAACUUAAUUGUCAUACAAUUGCGUUCCCUUUUCUUGCUGCAUUUCAGACUGGCCGUCUCUGAUCCCCACAGUCAUCUGUCUGAUUCUCACUCACAAUCCUCUGAAAUAUAUAUUUUUUUUCAUGCAAUUCUUCGCCUUUUUGGAUCAUGUAAUUAUACACCUUCAUUCAGUCAUCUCUCGAAAAGUCCCCUGAUUCAAGAAGAGGCGUAGCCACAAAGGAGCAAUCAAAGCUUUAAACGAUCAAAUCUGAGUGUAAACAUCAAGAAAAAUGGGAUCUUUCAAAGGACACGCUCUACCAGGAACACUUUUUCUUCUGGUUGGCCUGUGGCACAUCUGGAGCACUGUGGUUCGGUAUGUAUCAAAUCCCAAGUCAUUUCGGGUCCGGGUUUGGAACCCAGUUCCUGGUUUCGAUGGAAAGCUCAAAUAUUUGGAGCUUUAUGUGGUAGCAAUUGGUGCUUUUCUAGAUAUGUGUAUUGAGCUUCUGUACUCUACCCAUCUUAAGUUUUUCGUCCAUGGAGUCUUGAACCCACAUCACAUGAAUGAUUUUGAACAUUCUGGGAUGCUUCUUAUGUUCUUCAUCUUCGGCAUCGUCUGUCUGCUCUCUGAGAAAACGAGCUUUCUUCGGUUGCCUGAAGGAUUCCUGUGUUUGAUUGCUGCCGCAGCAUUCUGUGCAGAGUAUCUACUGUUCUAUUUUCAUUCAACAAAUCAUAAAGGCCUUGAGGGGUACUAUCAUCUCCUGCUUGUCCUCUUGAUAGGGCUUUGCAUCUUAACCACCGUUGCUGGAGCUAUCUUCCCAACCAGCUUUCCAGUUGAUCUGUGUAGUGGCAUUGCUAUAACUCUCCAGGGCCUCUGGUUCUAUCAGACUGCCUUCACUCUCUAUGGUCCCAUGAUGCCAGAUGGCUGUCAGCUGAAAGGAAAUUUGAUCUCUUGUCAUUCCACAGACAGUGAGAUUCAGGGUGAGUUUUUUGCCAACUUCCAGCUCUUUUCCAUGGUCCUGGGAGUCCUUGUCAGCACUGUGGCAUCAUACGUUUUUGCAGUUUCAAGGCAUCAGGGUUCUGAAUCUGAUAUCAGGAGCCUGCAAGCCACUCGUGAUGGAUUAUAUCAAGAUUAAAAAUUAAGGUUUUUCACAGGUUUCUGGAAAAUGAGCAGCGUCGGUGGAGAUGGACAUGAAUAGUGUUUCCAAUGUCAAGAAGAGAAGUAAUAAUAUCUUCAAGUCUUGUGUAAAUGGGAUUAGAUGUAGGAAUAAGUACAAGGCAGUCCAAAGUUCUUUUAUUAUUCGGCAGAUAUGGCUUUAUGGAUUUCAGGGCUUAAACUUUCCGUGUUGCGGAUUUGUUUUCUUUGAACUACAGUAUAACCAUUAAGUACCCAGAAAGAUUUUUCUACUUUUCAGCCCAAUCUUAUUGUGCUCAAUACUUUGUAAACCAAGCUCAUAUUUGGGUCAAAAUUUCAGAAUCAGUUGAUUCGGCUUACUAA